GACAGUGUUUAGUAGGACCCGUAGAUCACAACGAUAAUGUUGAAUUUUAUUCGUGCUGAAAAAAAUCAAUUAAAAAAUAUUAUCUUAUCUAUCGAUAAUUGUCAUUGUCUUCAACGGAUUAAUGCAACAGUCGACGCCUACCAGUAGUGAGUUAAACAUGGAGAGCACUGGUUCCACACAUGCGAAUAUGAAGCAUAAUUCGGGCGAAUUUCUGUGCCGAAUGUGCAAUAAAUCUUUUGCUUUCAAGAAAAAUUAUGAUGAUCAUCAUAUUGUACAUGAUGUUGAACAAAUUUGCGGGCCAGGAGUGGUGCUAUCUGUUCAGAAUGAUGUGUCCCCGGCCAAAAAACUGAAAAUACAUGCGUGUGACCAGUGUGACAAGUCUUACCAUCGCAAAGAUCACCUGACUCGUCAUAAACUGGAGCAUACCGGUGAAAGGCCUCAUAUAUGCAUCGUAUGCCUGAAAUCAUUUGUACGGAAGGAUAAACUAACCAGGCAUGAAAAAAUACAUUAUAAAGAUAGCAGGAUACAAUUUAACUGCCCAGAUUGUAACAGGAAGUUCUUGAGAAAGGAUUCUAUGGAAAAACAUAGGAAAUCGCAUGGCGAGCAGGCCAUUAAAGGCAAGCCGAAAUGUACAUGUGCUGCCAAUGCGACAGCAGUUGAUAACACUGAAUCUGUUAAAAGUGGAGUAGUGUCAAGAGUUAAAAGUGGCGAUCUUAAAUCUGGAAAUGAUGUAAACAACAAAAGUGAAAGGAUUGGUCAAAGUAUUGUUCAUGUAACCAGUGGCUGUGCAGUAAGCACAGCAAAUAUGGUGAACAUUGCAAAUAGCGUGUUUAGUGCAACUGAUGCUGAUAAUGGUGAGGGAAAUACCCAUAUUGGAAAUGCAUCAAAUGUUUCAAAAAGUGUGCACGAAAGUAGUAGUGUUAACAAUAGAAAUAGCAUAUACAGUGGGAGUGCUGACGGGAAUACAUUAACCAUGUCAAAAAGCGAAGGAUAUAGCGAUAAAAGUGGAAAUAGUUUGCACAGUACAGGUGCUUAUAAAAGUGACUCACAAGCUGAGGUUACUGUCAAAAGUGAAAUUGAAAAUUCUGCAGCCAUAGAUAGUGCCAUGAAGCAGUCCAGAUGUGAAGGCAGUGUAGAAAAUAUGCAGGUUCCACAACCUAGAGGACCAGCUGGCUAUUGGUUUGAUCCUCGACAGGGUCACGGUCACCCUCAUUUUUUCAAUCCAGCAUCUGGAUUUACCCCAGAAAUGGACUUGAGGGUGAAUUAUCAUUGUCAGUUAAACUGUAAUACAGCUAAAAACUCAAGUGAUCAUGGAUGGUCAAAAUGACAGU